UAAGAGACAACCCUCCAGCUCAAUUUAGCAGCAAACUACGAGGAAAUGCUAACAUAAACCGGUUUGGGGAAUUAGGGUUUAAGCGCAGUUGCAAAAACCAUUCGUGAAGAAGUUGAGGGUGUGGUUAGUGCCUUGGUGGUUUCUCCCCAUAUAAAUUUAAACUCUUUAUUUCUGUGCACUUCAGCUUCGAAUUCUUAAAUUCAAAAAAAAAAAAAAAGAAUUUAAAAUUUAAAUUCUUAAACAACCUCUAAAAUCCAUUGAAAAUAAUCUCUUACCCAACAAAAAAAUUGAGCCUGUCAUUGUUAAAUAUCAGUAUCCUUUGAUUCUUCACUAACAAGAAGAAAGAAGGAGAACAAAGUUUGAAGAUUGUGCAGCUGAGUAAAAAAAUGGAUCUCAAUGAUUACAGCAUUAUUAAGGAAGGAGAAGCUGAGAUUCUCAUGCACAAUAAAAAUAAAGUCUUUUUCAACAAAGCCCAGGUUCACAACAGAGAUCUAUCUAUUGCUGUCCUGAGGACAUUUAUAUCCAAACGCAAAGAGGAGCAUGAAGCAUGGUUGUCCAGAAAAACAAAAUCUGCUCAAAAGGCAUCUGAGAAAGAUGCUUCUGGAUCUGCUGCUGAUGAGCCUACUGGAGAUGAUGAAAAAUUGAAUGGAAAAUGUGAGGAAAAGAUAUCUGAGAAAGAUGCUUCUGAAUCUGCUGCUGAAGAAGUGACUGCGACUAUGGUUAAUGUAAAAGUAAAUGGAGACAGUGAAGGGCCAGAUGAAAAAAUUCAGGAAGAACCUUCUAGCAUAUCAGAAGAACCAGGGAAGAUACCAGACCGUAAAAUUCGAGAGUUGGAGCCGCCAAGAGUUCUUGAGGCACUGUCCGCUUCUGGGUUAAGAGCUUUAAGAUAUGCUCGUGAGAUUGAAGGAAUUGGCCAAGUAGUGGCAUUGGACAAUGAUCCAGCAUCAGUUGAAGCAUGCAAGAGAAAUAUAAAGUUCAAUGGUUCAGUGGCAAUUUCUAAGGUGGAAUCACAUCUCACUGAUGCCCGUGUAUAUAUGCUCACCCACCCAAAAGAAUUUGAUAUGGUCGAUCUUGAUCCUUAUGGAUCACCUUCAAUAUUUUUGGAUUCUGCAGUUCAAUCUGUUGCCGAUGGUGGUAUGUUAAUGUGUACAGCAACCGAUAUGGCAGUGCUUUGUGGAGGCAAUGGCGAGGUUUGCUAUUCCAAGUAUGGCUCUUAUCCACUGAGAGGAAAAUAUUGCCAUGAGAUGGCUCUGAGGAUUCUUCUUGCUUGCAUUGAGAGCCAUGCAAAUCGCUACAAGCGCUACAUUGUUCCUGUGCUAUCUGUCCAAAUGGACUUCUAUGUUCGAGUGUUUGUUCGGAUAUACACUUCUGCAAGUGCAAUGAAAAACACUCCUCUUAAGCUUUCGUAUGUUUAUCAAUGCAUCGGUUGUGAUUCAUUUCAUCUUCAGCAAAUUGGAAGGACUGUAGCCAAGAACAGCAGUGUGAGAUAUAUGCCUGGGUUUGGUCCAGCUGUUCCUCAAGAGUGCAGCGACUGUGGGAAGAAAUUCAACAUGGGCGGUCCUAUAUGGUCCGCUCCUAUACACGAGCAAGAGUGGGUCACUUCCAUUUUAGAAUCUGUAAAAUCUAUGAAGGACCGUUAUCCUGCUUACGAUCACAUCUCUGCUAUCCUGACAACAAUAUCUGAGGAAUUGCCUGAUGUUCCUCUGUUCUUGAGUCUGCACAACCUAUGUUCAACACUAAAAUGCACUUCCCCGUCUGCAGUAAUCUUCCGUUCUGCCGUAAUAAAUGCAGGAUAUCGUAUCUCUGGAACACAUGUAAAUCCUUUGGGGUUAAAAUCAGAUGCUCCAAUGGAUGUGAUUUGGGAUAUAAUGAGAUGCUGGGUCAAAAAUCAUCCUGUGAAAACUCAACCACGUGAUCAACCAGGAAGUGUGAUUCUUGCCAAAGAACCCGUUAUUCAAGCAAAUUUUGCCCGAGCUGUUGCAUCUCUUAGCAAAGCACAAGCAAAGAAAGUUGCUCGCUUCCUUCCAAAUCCCGAAAGACACUGGGGUCCUAAACUUAGAGCAGGUCGUCAUAUUACCAGCAAACACGUCUCUCUUCUGGGUCCAGAGGCAAUCAAUGGACAUCUCAACCAAGAAAGCAAUGAAGAUCCCCAGCCGAAACGCCAAAAGACCGAGGGUACGGAGGAUUCAACCCCCGUUUCGUAAGAAUAAACUCUUCAUUUCAUCAGUUCACCUCUGAACCUGGUUUUCUUGGAUCUUUUUUGUUAUUCCUCUGGUCAAAUCACAUUCAUCUGCUGAUAGGAGGCAUCAUUUACAAGCGUAAGUUCUCAGCCGCUAAACAAAUUUGCAGAUUGCCUUUGAAGUUUGCAUACUUUGUGACAUGUAAAGCAAUCUUGCGCCAAUUUUGAGUUGGAUGUAAAAUCUUUUACUAGUUUAUUUGGCUAUGAUAGCUUAUUAUUUAUUUGUUAAAAAAAAAAAAAUAGGAACAAGGUGCUGUUCACCAUAAGAAAUUUCAAGAAUUGUAUUUUAAUUGGAAUUAAGGCUUUGUUUAUGAUUUCACAUGCCAUUUGUGCAAUAUUGAAACCAAUCUUUUAGGCUCUA